AUGGCGUCCAACAAGAGGAAGAAGAAGGACAAUUCGGACGAAGAAAGUGAUGAAGUCGAUUGGGAGAUGGAGUGUCGGAAGAAGGUUAGGCAGCUGGAAGAGGCGUACGAUGAGCGGUUGGUAAUGGCUUCGAAGACUGGAAGACUAGAAUGGGAAUUGAAACGUGCCAAUGAUCAACUCCUUGGAUCCAAGUCAAUGCUAAGCGCGAGAGGUGUAAUCGAGUGGCUUGAGGAAAGACAUGAUCGUGAAAUGCCGGAUUCUGUCAGACGGGAUGUUCGACACGACCGAUGGAAAUGGAUUUUCGAUAAUGAUCCCACAUUCCGCAAUGAAGGC